GACAGCAUUUAUUUUGCUGUGCGUCUAGUUAUUUUAUUUUUAUCAAAGUAUCUUCUAAAUAAUGAUGUUAGCCAUUGGUCUUAGUAGUAAAAGUACCGACAAAGUGAAAACCAAACCCCCUCUGACCGAUUUUCCGGAACGAACUAACGGCCACAAGAUAACGCGAAAAUUCGUCAACUCAGCUAUCUACAUCGAAAAACCUUUAUCCACCACCGUUUCAAGCGAAAGUUGCUCCAUCCGCCCAAAACCCUCCAACGACCACGUCCUGGAAACCAAAAUCAAACGAUGCAGCUGUUCGGUGGAGCAGAGAAAUUGCCCGUGUCACAGUAACACUAAUAUAGUUUCUGCGCCAAAAGAGGAACGAGGGAUGUCUAUGUCCAGUAGCGCUUUGAAGAGCGUGGAAAACAAACCCAAAAUUGCGCAAUAUUCGAGCAGCGGGAUUUUCGAAGACCCGAAGAAACAAGUGUUUAAAAAAUGGAUCGCGAAGAAAGAGGACGAGAAACGGAGAAAAGAAAUCGAGGCGAAAAUGCAAGUGGAGGCGAAAAUGAAAGAGCGAGAGGCGAUGCUAGAACUGGAAAGGAACAACUUCAAGAAGUGGCUGAUGAACAAGAAGAAGAUUGAGCUGGAAGCGAAGAAGAAGAAGGAGAAGGAGAUGGAGAAGCGGCAACUCAAGGAGCUCGAGAAGGAGAAGAAGCAGCUCGAGAAUCAGCUGAAGUUUCAGUUGUGGUUGAAGAAGAAGGAAGAAGCGCAGCUAGAGAGGAAAAUUAAAGAGCAGAUGGAUUUGAUUAACAAGAUGGAACUGAAGGAGAGGCAGAUGCGGGAAAACGAAAAGGCGUUUCAGGAGUGGUUGAAAAAUUCGAAACAUAGGCAGAAACCGGUGCCAAUGAAUAAAGGAAUCGAAACACUGUAUUCGUCCAGCGUCACGUACGUGAAUCCAAAUCCUUGGAAAUCUGUAGCUUGAUGUUGGGGGUUUUAAUGAACGUCAGUACUGUCACACUAUUUUAUUUUACUCCAUAAAUUCUCUCUAAUGAUAAAUUUAUUGCACACAAUAAAUAUAUCAUUAGAAACG